AUGCCGAGACACGUGUCGCGGCGCAUACUACAGCCGCGCUCAGAGCGUCACGUGAUCGGAGGCUCCAAGAAAAACCUAAUAUUAUCUGCCUGGGCGAUCGCCGCGAGGCUAUGGCUGGCGAGAUCGUACGCUUGCGGUGCGCGUUGUACCGCAGGUUUUUGCCAAGCCACAGGUUAUGGCGGCACUGUCCAGCGCCGCGAGAGUGUAGAGGAGAAGAUUGCUCGGCACAGUAGAGAUGGGACAACCACUUCGAGAGAGCUUGUCGUUCAGUUCAAUGCAGAUGUUGCGGAUGGGAUGCAAUGGAAGUUUGUUCCUACACAAAGAGAGGUAAGGGUCAAACCUGGCGAAAGUGCCCUUGCAUUCUACACUGCAGAAAACCUUAGCUCGAAACCAAUAACUGGUGUUUCUACAUACAAUGUAACCCCAAUGAAGGCGGCUGUCUACUUCAACAAAAUACAAUGUUUCUGCUUUGAGGAGCAGAGACUGCUCCCUGGUGAGCAGAUCGACAUGCCGGUAUUUUUUUACAUUGAUCCCGAGUUUGAGACGGACCCAAAGAUGGAUGGCAUCAACAACUUGAUACUUUCUUAUACUUUUUUUAAGGUUAACGAGGAUUAGGCGAUAACCGUUUAAAGCUGGGCCUUUGUAUCUUGAUUAUAUUUUAUACUGCUGUCAUUUUAGCUAUAAUAAUUCUUUUGUAAGUGUUAUAUUUUCCAAAUCUUCUGUAAAGUGAUUCAGUGAGGAUCAUCAAGGUAAUAGGAUCAUCUGGAUGUUUUUUCUCCCGGUUGUAUGAGUUAUCCACCUUCCAUGGAGCAACCAAUAAAUCACUGUUUGUUUAACAUUA